AUGGGUUGGGACGUGCGUUUGGAUGGUGCUGGAUUUGCGAAAGGCUGGCUUGUCUGGCGUGGUGCGAGUGGUGAGCGUGAGCGUCAGCAUGUGUUGGGGAUGGGUGUUGUUGUAUUUGGUGAUGAUGCUGCUGCUGAUGAUGAUGCUGCUGCUGAUGAUGCUGCUGCUGCUGAUGCUGAUGCGGCUGCUGAUGCGGCUGCGGAUGCGGCUGCUGCAGCCUUGGCUGUUGAUUCUGGAGGUGGUUGUGACUGUACGCAUAUAGCGAGCUCGUCGGGUGUGAAGGCGUGGUUGAGCCCGGCGGUGAGAAGGCAGCCGCUUCAGACUGGGGGAGCUGCUGAGCCGUCUCCGCGGAGGCAGGGUACGUCGAACUCAUGGCCGCCGAGAUGGCAGGCAGUCCAAUCAUUGAUCAAGGGUCGUCCCAGGACCGAGCUGUUCUCAAAGGAAAGGAAGCACUAA